AUGCCUGAAAACGCAUCCCAGCCAGCGCCUCCACAGUCAGUCAUAUGCUGCGGUGUGGCUCGCCAGAAAGACCCUGCCAUAUUCAGUGGCCCGAACGACACCAACGUCGAGAACUGGCUUGCGACAUCUGCUAGGGUAAGCGCCCACAAGAAAUGGGACGAUCCCGCCAAGAUGAGCAACGUGCUCUUCCAUCUCGCGGGUGUCACCAGUCUCCAGUACAACAACCAUCCUGAUGUCUUGGCCAACGAUGGUUGGUACACCGGCUACUUCACGCAGUUCACGGGCAAAGGAAGGUACGCCGUCAAGGCUUAUGUUUACGGGGACAACAAGACCAGCCAUGCGUACCGUACGCCGGGAUUCCCUCCUGACAUCUCCAUUUCCAAGGCGGGGGUAGCGCUUCCUCCGAAUGGACCAACCCUACAUGCGCCAGGCAGCUACACAUUCGUGGAUACCCUCUUAGGAAACAAGACGCCGACGGUCCCAUUCGAAAGAGUCGCCUACUGCGGCUACCUUAACGUCAGAAGGGACAUGCGGCAGACUGAUGUUCCUCCAGGUAGACUCACAGACCUAGAUUUUUUCGACGGUUACGUCGAGAGCGACAGAACAGCCGUCAUCAUAAUUACUUGGACUUGGCCUGGCGCACACAUGACACACGGAAAGGCGGCGGAAGUGGAGAUCCGAGGCAGCACGAAUAAAACCAACCUUCAAAGGGACUUCGACAGCCAGGUGCUUCUGUCCAAUGUCGUUGAAGGCAACCUUGACCCCCUCCCCGCCGGUUCGAAGCACAACGUAUCGAUCGCACUUCCUCGCGAGUGGGAAACGUCGAAACCAGGCGACAGGGACUUCACGCUGGAGGGGUACCUAGCGGCGCGUGUUAUCAACGCCGAUGGACUCAAGGGGAAGCUGUCCAGGAUCCGUGAAAUGUCGUUCCUAGUCGUAAACUUUACCGCCGAAUCACUCACGACAGGAGCGUCCAUCACCACGCGGGCAAUGCGGCAGACCAAGCUUCGGCCAGCAAGAACCACGAGAGCGCCGGAAAAGCCUUACACCAAGACAAUCCAAGCAACGACCUCAACACCCCCGACCAAAGGCGAACCAGCUCGUGAUCCGUCGGAAACAACCAUACCAGAGGCGGGGCAUGGGAGAAAGAAUGACCAUCCAUCCAUCAUAAUGUGGAUUCUGCUGGCGCUAGUUGCCGGAGUCGUCGUGGCAGCCAUUACAAUUAUGCUGCUGCUCAGGGCGCAGUCCAGCCCCAUUGCCGAAAAUCAGGCUACCGCCACGAGCACGGCAACAAUGACAACGAUGUGAAGCCACGUAGUAUAAAGCGUUUCGGGCUCCAGCACUGCGUGGCAUUAUUUGAACUUCUGGCUAGCAGGUGCAUGUUUCUUUCUUUUAA